GUCACUUUGUCUGGUGCUCCCGAGUGGUUCCGGCACUGGUCAUGAUCUGGAGGCGGGUCUUUGCGCUUUGCUUUCUGCUCCAAUUCAGGGCAGAUGCGCGUACGCUCCCCCGCAGGGGCGCCGCUCCUUCUGCUGGCAACUCCAGGGCUUCUAGUGGUCCUGCAUUCGAGUCAUGCCAGGUCACCCUGACACCUGUCGAGCAUCAAGUUCUGGACGACAACACACACGAGACGGGUUUUAAUGGAGACGACGGCUCCUACGUGAUUCUCACUUGGGUGGGCGACGAUACCGGGGUCGUCCUGGUGCUAUCCACAAUCAGUGCUCCCAUAGACACUUUCCUUGAAGGAGGCUCCUCACGCCUUUACAGGAGUACCGAUUACGGCAAGUCCUUCCACGACAUCUCAUCCAGCAUCAACCACACUUUUAUCAAAGAGGAAUUUGGCGUCAGUGUAGGACCAGGAAGUUCUGUGAUACUGACUGCUGACACACCAGUGGUGGACCAUCCGGGGGGCAUCGUUUUCACCUCUACGGAUGCCGGUGCCACCUUUCAUUUUGUCCAGCUCCCCUUCCACCUAGCACAGCCCAUCAACUACCAUUUCCUCAACCCCGACUUGUUGGUGGCGCUCAGCAUAGACGGCGCUCUGUGGCUCUCGCUGGACUUUGGCGCCACGUGGACAAAAGUGCAUGAUGGAGUGCAUUCUUUCUCAUGGGGAGCUGGUGUCAAUUUGUUCUUUAGUUGCAGCAAAGCAGACACAAUGGACGCAGAAGAAAGGGGCGAUAUGCAGUUGAAGAGGACCAAAGACCUCGGCAAGACCUUCACUACCAUUCACGAGGAUGUCUACAGUUUUGGCUACAUCGGCGCUUUUCUCUUCUUUUCCGUCAUGGAGGACACGCGAUCCCCGAGGGUCAUGUAUUUUUCGUCGGACCAAGGAGACACCUUCAGCCGAGCGUUACUCCCGUCGGCCUCAACUGAACAAUUUUACUCCAUUUUAGACGGAGAUGAGGACAUGCUUUUCAUGCAUGUGGACAACCCAGGAGACACCUACUUCGGGACCAUGUACACGUCGGAUGACCGCGGCAUCCUGUUUUCUAAAUCCCUGGAGCGUCAUUUGUUUGACGGGCAACGCAAGAGCGAUUUCCGGAACAUUACGUCACUGCGUGGCGUAUACCUCACCAACAAACUGGACAAAGACGGACGAAUCAGAUCUGUCAUUUCAUUCAACCGGGGAGGGACGUGGCAUCAGCUUUCCAAACCUCAGAAUGUAGAAUGUGGGAAGGAAGUAAAGAAUCAGUGCAACCUUCAUAUUCACGGAGAACACAGUCGCAUCAAUCGCAUAGUCCCCAUGCUCCUCAUGUCUGAGCCCACUGCUGUCGGUCUGGUUAUCGCUCAUGGGACGGUGGGCGAUUGCCUGUCAUUGUGGCAGCGUCCAGAUGUGUUUGUCUCCUCUGACGGGGGUUACAACUGGAGGGGCACGCUCAAGGGUCCCCACCAUUACAGCAUAUUGGACUCUGGCGGGCUCAUCGUGGCCGUGGAGGCACAGCGUGAAGGACAAGUCAAGACGAUUAAGUUCUCGACGGACGAGGGUCACUGCUGGAAGUCAUACAAUUUCACUGAGCAGCCCUUCUUUUUUGCCGGCUUGGCUUCCGAACCAGGCACCAAGGCCAUGAGUGUCAGUGUAUGGGGUUUCCGUCCAGAGGACGACAACCAACCCAUGUGGGUCGCUGUCACCAUUGACUUCCAGAGCCUUAUCACCAGAGAAUGUAACGAUCAGGAUUAUGAGGAGUGGUUAGCGCAUUCGACUGAGGGGGGUGCUUCUAAGAGGGAUGGCUGCGUCCUAGGCGUCAAGGAGACUUACCGGAGGCGGAAGAAACAAGCCGUGUGUCGGAACGGUCGUGGCUACGUCAUGGUAAAGAAAGAGAGCCCAUGCCAGUGCACCAGGGAAGAUUUUUUGUGUGAUUACGGCUAUCAGCGCCACGUGAACACCUCAGAGUGUGUGCAACAGCCUGACAUGCACAACAAAACUUUGGAGAUGUGCCUGAACGGAGAGGAGGACGAGCUCCUUACGGCGGGCUAUCGCAAAGUCCCAAGUGACCGCUGCGAGGGGGGAUUUUCUUCUCAGCUGGCAGUUGAGACAAUCAUCAGACCUUGUGGUGUUAAACCCAGCCAAGAUGCACCCGCUGCCCACUUCACCGUGCCUGUAACGCACUUUGACACACCGCGAGAGAGGCUGGUGCUGAUACUGGUGUGCUCCGGGGCAGGCGUCACCGUACUGGCCGCCGUCAUUUGCGCUUUGGUCACCGUCAGGAAAGGGGUUUAUCAGUACAGGGAACCAGAAUAUCGCUUCUCCAAUCUCCGGAUUCAAGAUGACUGCAAUGGAGUCACAGGUGAUCCAGGGAGUGCUAACAGCAGCAACGGAACGGCCUUUGCACAGGACUCUGAUAACCAAACUCUUCUCCAGUGAAACUAUUCUUGGUCUGGCCCUAAAGUGGAUCUGACGAGCAAAGACAAAAUGAAAUACCUUUAUUUAUUUAUAUCCAUUUGUUUGAAUUACUUUGCUUCCAGCUUGAUUUGAGUAUUUUUAUUUGAACAUUGAAAGGUUUGAAUGUUGACUCCUCUUGUUUUAUAUAAAUGACUGGUAAAUUAUUGAUUUGUGUGCAAAUUAACUCAUUGCCCGCCAUUGACAUAUAACACUAUUGAUUGCAUGGGUCAUUGGUGAUUCUCAUGCAUGCAAAUGUUAUAUUUUAUUGGUAUGCUAAGCAGGCACCAUUGACUCUCGCUAGCUUAGCCAUUCCAGACGGAAUUUGUUGAAAUCAACUCCCAUCGACUAAUUAAACCCCAGCUAACUCAAAGACUAAGCCUAAUGUCAAAAACUCUGAACUUACCCUUUAAACUCAUUCAUAGAAAAGUCAAUUAAUAGCAAUGACAUUUCUCAGGCACCGGUGGGGCCAGUGGCGGACUUGGCAAUUUUGGGGCCUAGGGCGAACAUAUCCAGGGGCCCUUUUCAUGGGCCAGGGGUUAAAAAAGUGAGAAAGGUGUGGAGGAAAUAUGUUCCGGUACACUAGGGCUGUCCUAAACGACAAAUUUUCUCCCGAUUAGUCAGCCGGCUAUUUUUACGAUUAGUCGACUAAUCUAAUAAUUUUCUUCUUUUUUUUUUUUUUUUUACUAAUUUAGCAAUGAAAUUUUUGUUGACGCUUAUUAAUUCACAAAAUCAUUUUGGAACACUUCAAUUCUUUAUUCAAGUACAAAUAAUCAUGUAAAUAACAAUAAUUAAUCACAAAUAAACAAUGAGGUUAAAUGCUGAUAGCAUUUACAAGUGCAAAAGAAUGUAAAGUAAAUACAUUCAGAAAUCUUGACUUUGCCUUUCCAACAUUAUUCAAAACAAUUCUUUUAAAAAAAAAAAUCCAGCAUGAUUAUUAUGCUGGAUGUAUAUAUUUUAUUAUAUGUAAUAGCAGUAUAAUAAUUACAAUAAUUAGUCAUUGCCAAUCAUAUUUGUCAUAAAGAGUGUCAUUUGAAAGCUAUUCUUACUGUAGAAUCUGUAUUCUGUAGUAUUUACUUAACAUAUUAUAAUAUUAAUUCUGAAGUAUCUGGGAUUAACUCCAGAAAUCGUUAUUUAUAUGACGAACAUGACGUGCUUUUAUUCUGAAAUGUUCACCGGAGGUACGUUUGCUAAACCGCUAACCGAAAGCUUUACACUCCGUAAAAAAACAUUCUUCGUCAUUGCUUGUGGUGUCACUAAUAGAUCAUUUAAUUUUUUUUUUCGUUAGCAAAUGCUGUUAACCAGCUGUUGAGUGUUAUUGUAUGACUGAUUGGAACUGUACUGCAUUGUUUCGCCACAGGGUGUGCUGUCGUGUAUUUUAUGUUUGGUGUGAAGAAGAAGAAAGUUAAAAGAGGCAUUAGUGGCCUGUUCUCAACUUCUCCCUCACUGCACUUUGGCUCUCAUGGAGAGCACGUUUGCUCAUGUGUUCGAAAUAAAUGAUAGCCGACGUGCAAAGUAGCAAGUGAGCUGUAAAAAUAGUGAAGCUAACGAACAACUAAGCGGAGCUAGGCGAAGCUAAAUGGCGCUAAAUGAAGCUAAGCCACUGAUAUUCAGUCCGUCGUCGUGAAACAGUCCAUUGUAGUGCGUGUGUGGGGGAGAGAUCAUAUAAAUGCAGCAUUCAAAUGUUUAUUUGUUUUGUUAUUUGUUUGUUUGGUAUGCCGAUAUAAUCAUACAUGACGAAUAGUUGGGGGUGCUGCUGGCUCCGGUGGCCCAAAAGCCCUUGCUCGUUGGGGCAAGGGCAGCUGGUUGGGGGCCCACUAGUGGUUGGGGGCCUAAGGCGAUCGGCUCCUUCGCCUGAAUAGUAGAUCCGCCUAUGGGUGGGGCACUGCCCCCCACCCGCCCCCUCAAUCUCCGCCUAUGAGCCUCACCUAGUCAAAAUGGAUUGGACGUCUGUUGAGAGAUGAGCAUUCACAUUCAGUUCUCCAAAUUUAAAUGAAUUGGACGUCUAUCGAUGUCAAUGGCAGGCAAUGAGUUAAGCUACAAAGAAAAGGAUAUUUUGGGGGGGGUCAAUUUUCGGUUUGCAU